UUUGCUCUCCAAGGGCGAAACUAUUUGUUCCGCUGCUUGUUCAACAUCUGUCAGCUGGCUUUGAGAAUUAAGACACGAAGUAAGAUGAUUAUGUAACAUCAAGGCUUUCGCAGCGGUAAUGAUUGCUUUUGGAGAUGGGCCCUUUCAGAAAUCUGCACAAGCCGCAACCCCCACUUAACCUGAAAGAAACUCCUGUGUGCACGAGGUUUCGACAGCAUCUUGUUAUGGACACGGCCAUUAAGAUAUUGACAGUCACAGCAUGUUGCAGGUCAAUCAAUUAAUUGGAUCCCUUUUUGGGCCGGUCGUUUUUUUUCGCAUGUGCUACUUAAGACGUGAAAGGCUUAGCGGGGGUCUGUUAACACUUCGGGGCAGAGGGCUGCCUAUAAGAAGAGCUCAUCCUGACUCUGGACAAACAUACGAGCCAAUUCAGCGAACUCCUUGGAUCUAAAAACAAGAGGACUUGGGCAGUACUUGGGCAUGGCUUUUGAAAAUCGUGGAUAUCUGCUCCGACCUUAUGCAUCUCUUUAUCCUGAAUACCCUGUCAGCAGACAGGUCACAUCGAAACCGGUCUCUAGAAAAUCUUUCACCAUCGACUCACUGCUGGCAACUCCCGAGUCAAACUCAUCGUUGGAUAGACCAAGCUCUUUGUGCAGUGCAGGGAAGUGCCCGCUUCCCGCGUCGGACUUUACAGCUGAAGUGCCCUUUUAUGCUCCACUGCCAACACAUCUGUACCCAUCGAGUCCAGUUCCAGCACAGUCUGGCUACCCAGUGUACUACUGCCCGCCCUUCGGCUAUGCAGCACCCUAUCGUGGGGCAGUCUUUCCCAACGAUACCCACCUGUCUAAACACGGCCUUCAUUCUCUUCGAACCAAGGCCGGCAAGUCCAAGAGGGUGCGUACGAUAUUCACCAAUGAGCAGCUGACCCGCCUGGAGAAGGAGUUUGCCCGGCAGCAGUACAUGGUCGGGUCGGAAAGGUUCGUGUUGGCCUCCGCGCUACACCUCACCGAGGCUCAGGUGAAAGUCUGGUUUCAAAAUAGGCGAAUCAAAUGGAGGAAGCAGUCACUGGAACAACAACAAGCCAAACUGGCAAAACUGGGCCUCUCAGUCCCCCAGCCCAGCCCAGGCUCCCAAGGCCAUGGGGAUGAUGAUGACGAGGGGCAUGAGGAUGACGAGAAUGAUUCUUUGGAGGGAUCUUCUGAUGAACUGGAUGUCUGCUUGUCAAGCCCAUCUUAAUUCAACUUUUCACUUUAACAUGGACUCUAUAAUUGUGC